GUGUUUUCUUGAACAAGUCUAACCCAAUAAACAAUUAUCAAACCCUAAACAUCAGUGAACGUAUAUUAAAUUUCUGAUACAAUUGUAUCAUGUUACUGAAACAACUGUCUGUAGUCAUUAAAUGAUUACUAGGUUACUUUGUUAUAAAACAUUAGCCCAUUUUGGAGUGACAAUUCAACAAAAUAAUGGAGUACCACAUUGAUGAUUUGCCAGACGAAAUUUUAGAAUACAUUCUCAAUCUCAUUCCACCAUACAAAAGCUUAAAGGAAUGUAUGAUUGUCUCUAAACGAUGGUCGUUGGCAGUGAAACGAGUUAUGGAGCACAAAGAGUCAUAUUUUCACAGAUCAGUGGGCUUUGGCUCGUUAGAAUGGUCCGGCAAUCUAGAAGAUUCAGGGCCCACUCCAAUAAUCGGUGGACGUUUCUCCCACUCAGCCUGCACUUACAAUAAUUCAAUGUAUGUAUUCGGUGGAUGUACAAAAACAAGCACAACCUUUAACGAUCUUUGGAAAUUGGAUCUUGACACGAGAAAAUGGGAUCGACCUCUUGCAAAGGGCAACUACCCAUCUCCAAAAGCUUGUGCCUCAAUGGUCUACUAUAAUGACAGUUUCAUUCUCUUCGGUGGCUGGUCACAUCCCUCAGGCUAUCCCCCUUAUCAACGACGCAGGUUAUUCGACGAGCUUCAUGUUUAUUGUUUAAAAACAAAUAGAUGGUCGGUAAUAGACACAUUUGAUGGACCUCCACCGACUGCUGCUCACUCAGCAUCAAUUCAUGGAAAUAUAAUGGUUGUCAUUGGAGGCAUUCACAACGAUUACAACAGUUCGAAUGACAUUUGGUGUCUCAAUCUUGAUCAUUAUUAUUGGUACAAGCCCGUGAUAUCUGAUUUAAAACCUUCACCGAGAUAUGGACAUUCCCAAAUUCAUUUAGAUGACAAGCAUAUUCUGAUCUUUGGUGGUUGUACUGGACCCCAUGCAGCCAUGAAUGAUGUCUGGUUAUUGACAAUGGAUGGGCCAAUUUGGGAAUGGAAGCAGGUCAGCAUGCUGGGCACCACCUGGGCGCCUACUAAAAUCUGGUACCAUCAGGCUUGCAGAGUUGGUAAUCAUGUGGUUAUUUUAAAUAGUAAUAAACAAUCUACCAAGCCAGGUGCUGUUGUCACCAAGGAAGUCAAUAAAUCACAUCUGUUGCCACCACCCAGAAGACGCCCAGUUGUCGAGCACAAGGACGACAAGGAUGAAAAUGUUAAUGGACGACAUGGAAAAUUAAUUGGACGAAAAAUGCAUCUGCGAAGCACUUCUCCAAACAGUUCAAUCUAUUCUGGUUCUCAGCCACUUGAACUUAAAUCUUUUGCACCAGUGGGUGUCCCUGAUGUUGAAGAAAAACGUCGUCAAGCUAAUCGUGCGAGACAACUCGAGUCAUUGAGACGAAUGCAGGAGAGAAUUCAGAAUCACAGAAUUCAACAGAGAAUUGUGAAACGAAAAACCGACAGACUUGGAAUUUUUGUACUUGAUAUUGGACAAAUUUUUGAGGAAUGCGCUGCAACAUGGAUUUCUCAUAGUCAGAAUGAGUACAGUGGUCCUGAAGGACGAAUUUUGUACUCGUUAUUGUUGGGGCAAAGUGAAUUAAUUGUUUUUGGGGGAAUUCGGAAGAUUGUUAAUACGAUACAGGGAGAGAUCGAUGAUGAUGAUGCUGAAGUUUUCAAUGAUAUUCAUUUUAUAAAACCACCGCGAUAUGUUCUUUAAGUACUGCACGAGAACAUAUCACAUAUCAUAUUUCCUGAAAUCAUGUACAUUGAAUAUCAAGGAUUUAUCAAUGAUUGAUUAAUAAAUUCGAGAUAUAUACAUUUGA